AUGUUCCUCCUCUGUCCAUUCUCUGUCCGUCAGACUCCGUCCAUCAGACUCUAUCAGACUCUGUCAGACUCUGUCAGACUCUGUCAGACUCUAUCAGACUCUGUCCGUCAGACUCUGUCCGUCAGACUCUACUCUAUCCGUCAGACUCUGUCCGUCAGACUCUGUCCGUCAGACUCUGUCCGUCAGACUCUGUCAGACUCAAUCAGACUCAAUCAGACUCAAUCAGACUCUGUCCGUCAGACUCUGUCCGUCAGACUCAAUCAGACUCUGUCCGUCAGACUCUGUCCGUCAGACUCUGUCAGACUCAAUCAGACUCUGUCCGUCAGACUCUGUCCGUCAGACUCUGUCCAUCAGACUCUGUCCGUCAGACUCUAUCCGUCAGACUCUAUCCGUCAGACUCUGUCCAUCAGACGUUCUCAGACGUUCUCUGUCCAUUCUCUGUGA